GGUUUCUCUAUGUGCUGCAAAUCCAAUCGCACAUGCUCUACAUAUAUUACAUGUACAUCUAAUGUAUGUAUGUGAUGUGGGGAGAGAGUCGAUGAUGCUGAGCUUUGUAGCUUUCUUGUAAUCCGCGACUUAGUGCAUUGAUUCCUCUCAGCGAUGAUCGUGUUCUGACGAGAAUACGAGUCUCUAGUUUGUCCAGACAUUUAGCGAGGAUGGUGUUAUUAUGAAGAAACUAUAGUUUGGAUGAUGCAUGUCUGUGGUGCAAACGAAGAGUGACGGUGUUUGAUAUCCUGCUAUUGUACACUAUUGUUGGUGUGAGAAUCCUGUUCUGAAUUAGUUGUCUUAGCAAGGCCCAAGGACCGCUAUUAACAUUAGUUUGAACCAUGUGUGUGUAGUAAGGGGUGUGUGAGAUAAGUAGCAGAUCGAAAUAUAUGCUAAUAUAGCACAAUGGAGGAUUUAGUGGUGCCUCCAUUUCAGCAGCAGACUAUACAAACGCCACGUAAGUACACACAAUGCAAGGAUCUUUGGUCGGUUGUGCGAGAGGGAUCUGUCUCUGAUGUUGAUGGUUCAUUGUCUUUGCUUAAAAGAAAUGGGGUAAAUAUUAAUGCUAGAAACCCAUUUGGUGCUGCUCCUUUGCAUGUUGCAACUUGGAGGAAUCAUGUGCCUAUUGUUAGAAGGCUUCUUGAAGCUGGUGCAGACCCCAAUGCAAGGGAUGGGGAAUCUGGAUGGAGUAGCCUUCAUAGAGCACUGCAUUUUGGACAUCUGGCAGUUGCCUGUGUCCUGCUCCAGUUUGGUGCAUCAUUAACAUUGGAGGAUUCAAAAGCUCGGACUCCAGUUGACCUCCUCUCAGGGCCAGUACUGCAAGCUAUUGGGAAGGAGAAUAAUUCAAUAGCUACAGAGGUCUUUAGCUGGGGUAGUGGUGUUAACUAUCAACUUGGAACUGGAAAUGCACACAUACAGAAAUUACCAUGCAAAGUUGAUUCACUUCAUGGUUCGUUCAUCAAACUGGUCUCUGCAGCCAAGUUCCAUAGUGUGGCAGUUGGUGCAAGUGGGGAAGUCUAUACUUGGGGGUUUGGAAGGGGUGGCCGACUUGGGCAUCCAGACUUUGAUAUACACAGUGGUCAAGCUGCCGUCAUUACUCCCCGCCAAGUAAUUUCAGGCUUAGGUAUGCGUCAGGUUAAGGCAGUUGCUGCUGCUAAACAUCACACUGUUGUCACGACAGAGAGUGGUGAAGUAUUUACAUGGGGUUCAAAUAGAGAGGGGCAACUUGGCUAUACUUCUGUUGAUACUCAAUCCACUCCCCGUAGAGUUACUUCCUUGAAGGCAAGAAUUGUUGCUGUUGCUGCUGCAAAUAAACACACUGCUGUAGUUUCAGAGGCUGGUGAAAUCUAUACUUGGGGCUGCAAUAGAGAGGGCCAACUUGGUUAUGGAACCUCUAACUCAGCCUCACACUAUACUCCUCGGGUGGUGGAAUACCUCAAGGGAAAAUCUUUUACAGCAGUUUCUGCUGCCAAGUAUCACACUGUUGUUUUAGGGUCUGAUGGAGAGGUGUUCACUUGGGGUCACAGACUUGUUACUCCUAAGAGGGUAGUUAUUUCUAGAAAUAUUAGGAAAACUGGAAAUACCGUGAUGAAGUUUCAUCGAAAGGAACGCCUUAAUGUGGUGGCAGUAGCUGCUGGGAUGACACAUAGUCUAGCUCUUUCAGAUGAUGGUGCAUUAUUUUAUUGGGUAUCAUCAGAGCCAGAUCUUCAGUGUCAUCAGUUGUAUACACUUUGUGGUAGAAAUAUAGUUAGCAUAUCUGCUGGGAAGUAUUGGACUGGUGCAGUUACUGCAGCCGGUGAUGUAUAUAUGUGGGACAGUAAGAAGGGCAGGAGCAAUCCACCUUCUCUGACUAGGUUGCAAGGGGUGAAGAAGGCUACUUCAAUGGCAGUUGGAGAGACACAUCUACUGAUUGUUAGCUCACUGUAUCAUCCAGGUUAUCUUCCUAAUAUCGGUGGCGGCUGUCAGAAUAAGAUGAUCCAGGAUGAAUUAGAUGAAUUGCAUGAAAGCUUCAUGUUUGAUGAUAUGGAGCCUGAGAAUGAGUUAUCUAAUACACAGAAGGAUGAUUAUGGAAACUCUGCAUUGCAAGUUUCUGUAAACUCCCCUGACCAAAGAAGUGUUCCCAGCUUAAAAAGCCUUUGUGAGAAAAUGGCUGCAGAGCAUUUGGUGGAGCCAAGAAAUGUCUUACAACUGCUGGAAAUUGCUGACUCGUUAGGAGCAGAUGAUCUCAAGACACAUUGUGAAGAGAUUGCAAUUCGAAACCUGGAUUAUAUUCUUACUGUGGCAGCACAUACUUUUGUUGGCACUUCACUGGAUUUGCUGGCAAAUCUUGAGAAAUUACUGGAUCUGAAAUCGUCUGAAUCAUGGAGUUGGCGUAGACUACCUACUCCCACUGCUACCUUUCCACCUAUUAUCAAUAGUGAAGGAGAGGAUGAUGAGAGUGAAUUAUAUAGGAUUCGUGAUGUUGAUACAAAGCAGCCAACCUUCCAGAAAGUGGGAGCUCAAAGAUUGGAUGGCUUUUUGCAAUCCAAUGAUAUGGCAAUGGAGGGCGUUAACAAGCAAAUAAGGGCUUUCAGGAAAAAGCUGCAACAGAUUGAGUUGCUCGAGGAAAAACAUUCAAAAGGUCAUGUGCUUGAUGAUCAGCAGAUUGCUAAAUUGCAGACAAGGCCUGCACUGGAAAGAUCUCUUGCUGAGCUUGGUGUACCAGUUGAAAGUGUGCCAACCAAAGCAACUUCAUCUGUGGAUGAAAAAGGUAGAAAGAAAGCAGGUUCGAGAAAGCAAAGAAAAAAAAACAAACAGAAGUCUGCGGAGGAGGAAGAGGAGUCGCAUGGUGUUGUAAUUGAUGCUGAAUCAAGUGUCUCAAAGUGCUUCUCAGAUGCCAAAGUCCCUGAUCAUAUCAAUAAGGUGCAGGGCUUCAUCAAUACUGAAUUUUCAAAAGACCUCAAUAAGGAGAAAGUUGUAGAUCAUGAAGGUGCGGUGGCAAUACAAGAUGCCAAGCUGUCUCCAGUACAUAAUAAUAAAAUAACUGGAGAUGUAGCUGAACGUAAGAAUUCUUUUCCAGCAUUAUCAAAGAAGAAGAAUAGAAAAGGCGGACUCUCUAUGUUUCUGAGUGGUGCACUUGAUGAUAUCCCCAAAAUUGCUGCCCCACCUCCUGUAAUGCCCAAAAAUGAGGGACCUGCCUGGGGUGGAGUUGCAAUGUCUCGAGAGUUGACUUCUCUUCGCCACAUUCAGGAUGAGCAGAGCAAAACAAAGGAGAAUAAGCUUACAAGAAAGAAAGAAAUGGAAGGUUUUUCUGAAGGAUCUUCUUGUGGGAAAAUCCCAUUGAGUUCAUUUUUGGAUUCCUCCCCAAUACCUGUACUUACUAGUCGGAAGACCCAGGCAUCAGAUGGAGAUAAAAGCACACCUCCUUGGGCUGCCUCAGGCACUCCCCCUUCCCUUACCCGUCCAUCUCUUAGGGACAUCCAAUUGCAACAGGGGAAGCAUCAGGGCAUCUCUCAUAGCCCAACGAACAGAACAACUGGAUUUGCUGUGAUGACUGGUCAGGGAUCAUCUCCAUCCCCAUCAGAAACCAGUAGCGUGAAUCGCUGGUUCAAGCCAGACAUCGAGACCCCGUCAUCACUACGUUCUAUCCAGAUCGAGGAGAAGGCCAUGAGAGACCUCAAGCGCUUCUACAGCAGUGUUAAAAUUGUAAAGAACCAAUCGUAGGAAGGAAAUGGUAGCAUUUUCUUAACUCAGUCUCAAGUUUAGGUAGCGUAGCUGCAUUCUCUCUCUCUGUAAAUUGACCUGUACAGUUUAUCAUUGUGUAUCUUUUGAGGCGGUGAUAGGCUCCAGUUGAGUCGGGUCGGGUCAGAUCGGAACUUAGUCUUUGCCAGUCAGUGUCCCACAAAAUUCAUACUAGGGACUAGGGAGGGAGCAUGAAGAUGACCACCCCAUUGACUUCACAGGUAUAUAUAUAUAUAUAUGCACUGAUUGCUGACCUGUUCUUUGAAACACAGAAUAAAGAUGCCCGCAGACGGACACUAUUUUACAUAUAUUGUCUUAACUCAUGGGCAUUCCAUUCCAUAAUAAAGCAUCCCAAUGUGAUUGCCAAUGAUGAACAGCUAACUUUAGUAGAAAUAAAGACAGCCAACACUUUGUUGUUA